GUGACUGCAGAUCCCUGCUGAGCGCCGUGGGCCAGAAUCCUUGCCUGACUCUAGUGUGUUACGUGUCACUGCGGCAGAUGCCACAGUAUCACAUGUAACACAUUAUAGGAAAGCACAGGUGCCUGAGGAAGGUAAAGGUCUGCAAACCGAGCCGCAGGUCUGCGUGCAGUAAAGGUCUGAGGAAGGUAAAGGUCUGCAAACCGAGCCGCAGGUCUGCGUGCAGUAAAGGUCUGAGGAAGGUAAAGGUCUGCAAACCGAGCCGCAGGUCUGCGUGCAGUAAAGGUCUGAGGAAGGUAAAGGACUGCAAACCGAGCCGCAGGUCUGCGUGCAGUAAAGGUCUGAGGAAGGUAAAGGACUGCAAACCGAGCCGCAGGUCUGCGUGCAGUAAAGGUCUGAGGAAGGUAAAGGACUGCAAACCGAGCCGCAGGUCAGCGUGCCCUCACUAAGGUCAGAGCUGGGCUGUAUACGGGUCACUCACAGUCCCGGUUAUCACCUCUGCAACUGCUGGUGUACCCCAGCGCGUGUGACUUGAGAACAAUGUCAGUCCGCACCCCGGCAAAACUGGUGAGCGGCAUGCCUGUCGCCGGAUCCUUCGCAGAAAACUGGGAGAAUGUUCAGGUUUUCCAGGCCAGAGAAGAUGAUCUGCUGAUAGACACCUACCCUAAGUCCGGUACCACCUGGCUGAGUGAGAUUGUGGAUCUGAUUCUAUGCGAUGGGGACACAGAGAAAACUCAAAGAAGAGCCAUCUAUAAACGGGUGCCCUUUCUGGAGUUCACAGUUCCCGGGUUGCCCUCAGGGACUGAACUCCUCAAUGCCCUGGAGUCUCGCCGACUGAUCAAAUCGCACUUACCUGUAGAUCUACUUCCAAAGAGCUUUUGGGAAAAAAACUGCAAGAUCAUAUACGUGGCCCGGAACCCUAAGGACGUGUUAGUAUCAUAUUAUCAUUUCCAUCGGAUGGCCGCUUUGCACCCAGAGCCGGGGACGUUUGAGGAAUUUCUGCAUGACUUUAUAAAGGGCACAGUGUGUUAUGGGUCAUGGAGCGACCACGUGAAGAGUUGGUGGAAAAUCAGGCACCAGAGGAAUGUCCUCUACCUCUUCUAUGAGGACUUAUUAGAGGACCCAAAGCGUGAAAUCAGGAAAGUGAUGAGGUUCAUAGAGAAGGAUCUGUCGGAAGAUGUUCUGGAGAAAAUCCACCAGCAGACGACUUUUGCGUCUAUGAAAGAGAAUAAAAUGGCCAAUUUCUCCGACAUACCCACCGCAAUCAUGGACCACACCAUCUCACCCUUCAUGAGGAAAGGAACCUGUGGUGACUGGAAGAACCAACUCACGGUGUCUCAAAACGAAACCCUCGAUGAAUAUUAUAAGAAGGCGAUGUCCGACACUGAUCUGACCUUCCACUUCUAGUUGGCCCAUUUUCCAUUAUGAAGCAUCUGGCUCCCAGUUACAGAUCCCGUCGCUGAUUGCGGUCCGAGUGUCCAGCAUAGGCUCUGUUCCCAUUAAUAUUUGCACAAUGGAAGCGAAUCAAUGACAAUCUAUUACACCAUCAACCCCCAACAUGCAAACCGUUUGACACCAUUCUACUGACCUAUACUGAUCACCAUGAUACAAAUGUCCCACCAGAAAUUACAAUACUCCCCAAUGGAUCCAACUUUACGGGCCGGAUGCAUCACCGCUUGGAAAGUGAUAAAAUGGAGAGUGAAAAAUUAGCAGCCAUUCAGCUCCUACCUGACAUUUUUCAAACACGGCCUGUGACACGGAAGUUAGGAGCUGAUUGGCUGGUUCUUUUUCACUCUCCAUCUGAUUGGUUGGUACUUUUUUCACUCUCCAUCUGAUUGGCUGGCACUUUUUUCACUCUUCAUCUGAUUGGUUGGUACUUUUUUCACUCUUCAUCUGAUUGGCUGGUAUGUUCUCACUCUCCAUUUUAUCACUUUCCAAGCGAUGAUGCAUCUUGCGCUACAUGUCCUGCUCAUCUCAUGCCCUAGAGCAGGCUUGUCCAACCCGCGGCCCGCGGGCCGCAUGCGGCCCAAGUCGGCUAGUAAUGCGGCCCAGGAGCAGCGCUGCAGCAGAGGUUUUUUUUUUUUUUGAGU